UCAUUUCCCAGUGAAGGGAGCAGCUGGUGGGGAGAAGGCAUUGGUGGGAAGGUGGUCCAGAGCUAGGCACAGGGUGCCAGCUAUGGCCAUGGGCUUUGGAAGAUGCUUUUUUGUGACUCCUCUUAUGCUGUACCAGCCUAAGGUGCUGUACCACAGGGUGCUUGUCUCCCCGAGAUUUUUGGGGAUGGAUGGCUGCUGUGAGCAAGAGGAGUGGAGGUGUCAAAUAUUUAGGGUGACUGCUGCCUGUGGAGUGUGCUGGCCAUGCCUCCCUGACAAGGGUGUAGUGCAGAUGCUGGAAAAAUAUGAUGCAAAUAAGGAAAGGCCACAUCCCAGUGAGUCAGCCCAGCCUGCCAACUGCUCUGCUGGACGAAUGCUUUGUCUCCCUGCCAGCUGCAGCACGCCCACACACCAGGCCAGAGGGUUGUGACAGCAGUCAAGUUUGGGCUGAGUGAUCUCCAGGCUGCCCAAUCAGUUGCUGGUAGACAGUGGACAAGCUCUGGGGUGUGUCUGGAGGUUCUGUGGUGGGAACCACACAUGGCUUGUGCAAUGAGCCUAUUUCCCAGCAUAGACUCCUUGGGUUCAUCUCUUACUUGCUGUGCUGGUGCAGGGGCUGUGCAGGUGGGGUGUGCACAGCCCCAUGGUGCCUUGGAGGGAGCUUCCAUGGUCUCUACCCCACCAGUGUGACGGGAACUUGGUGCUGGGGUUUUGAGCAGUUGAGCACCACCUGCAAGAGGACAAGAUGUUUGGGGGAAAAAUGACCAGUAUUGGGAAGAAGUUGAUCCGCCGGCGCGUGGUGGAUCUGAGCUCCGAGGACACACGUUUCGCUCGCUGCCUCUCCACACUGGACCUCAUAGCCCUGGGUGUGGGCAGCACCCUAGGAGCUGGCGUGUACGUGCUGGCCGGGGAAGUGGCCAAGGACAUGGCUGGUCCCUCCAUUGUCCUCUGCUUCCUGGUGGCUGCACUCUCAUCGGUACUGGCCGGACUCUGCUAUGCAGAGUUUGGGGCCCGCGUCCCCAAGACUGGCUCUGCCUACCUCUACAGCUAUGUCACCGUUGGUGAGAUCUGGGCUUUCACAACAGGCUGGAACCUCAUCCUCUCCUACGUGAUAGGUACGGCCAGCGUGGCUCGAGCCUGGAGUGCAGCAUUUGACAACAUAAUUGGCAACCACAUCUCCACCUUCUUCAUGAACACGACCACAAUGCACCUGCCAGGAGUGCUGGCCAAGCACCCGGACUUCUUUGCCGUGAUUCUGAUUGGUCUGCUCACUGUGCUGCUGGCCUUUGGCGUCAGUGAAUCUGCCCUUGUGAACAAAAUCUUCACGGCAGUGAACCUGGUGGUGCUGGGCUUUGUCAUCAUCGCUGGCUUUGUGAAGGGAGACAUCAAGAACUGGCAGCUCUCGGUGGAGGACUACAUCAACCGCUCACAUGUGGGCCCGCUGCUUGACGUCCGGAAAGAAAAGUUUGGCUCUGGUGGGUUUGUCCCCUUUGGACUGGAAGGGAUCCUGACCGGGGCUGCCACCUGUUUCUAUGCCUUCGUGGGCUUUGACUGCAUCGCCACCACAGGGGAGGAAGCCAGGAACCCACAGCGCUCCAUUCCCAUUGGCAUCAUUGUGUCCCUCCUCAUCUGCUUCGUGGCUUAUUUUGGGGUCUCUGCAGCCCUGACCCUCAUGGUGCCCUACUUCCUUCUGAACAAGGAAAGCCCGCUGCCUGAGGCUUUCAAGGCGGUGGGCUGGGAGCCUGCCCGCUACGCAGUUGCUGUCGGCUCACUCUGUGCCCUCUCCACCAGCUUGCUGGGCUCCAUGUUCCCCAUGCCCCGUGUGAUCUAUGCCAUGGCAGAGGAUGGGCUGCUCUUCAAGUUCCUCUCCAGCAUCAACAGCCGCACGAAAACCCCUCUGUUAGCCACCAUCACUUCAGGGUUCCUUGCGGCGGUGAUGGCCUUCCUGCUUGACCUGAAGGACCUGGUGGACCUCAUGUCAAUUGGCACGCUGCUGGCUUACUCCCUGGUGGCAGUGUGCGUGCUCAUCCUCCGGUACCAGUUCGGGCAGCUGAACUCCUCAAAGGCCAUGGAAAUGCUGGAGCUGACUGGAAACGAGGAGGAGAGGGUGGUGAUGAACCCAGCCAUCACUGCUGCCAGUGCCCAGCAGAAAGAGACAUUGUCCCUGGCGAUGCUCUUCAACCCACCCACAGACACCCCCACUGCGCUCUCGGGGCGCAUCGUCUACAUCUGUGUCUCAGUCAUUGCUACACUGAUCACAGUCAUCUGCGUGGUCCUGACUCUUAAGGUGACUGCACUGAAGGAGGCCAAUGUGGGCUGGAUUGUGGCCCUGGUGCUGCUCCUUGUGGCUCUGCUCAUUCCCAUCAUCAUCGUUUGGAGGCAGCCACAGAGCAACGUGCGGUUGAACUUCAAAGUGCCUUUCCUCCCACUCCUGCCGGUCUUCAGCAUCUUCGUUAACAUCCUGCUGAUGGUACAGUUAAGUGCUGGCACCUGGGUGCGUUUUGCCAUCUGGAUGGCUCUGGGUUUUAUAAUUUACUUUGGCUAUGGGAUUCGGAACAGCGUGGAAGGGAAAAACACGGAGGAGCCCCGUGCCACAGUAGAAAAGCCUCUGCACCACCCUGGACUGGACCUUAGCCCUGGGGCUGCGGCAGUCUGAGGAACUAGGCACCAACACUCCAUGGACCUCUGCCAGUAUUCCCGCUCAGGGUACAAGAUUGUGAUCCACACGGUCCCGAAAUCAGGACCGUGGAGCCAGUCUUGCCCUGCCCUUUCCCCUCACAGAGCAGAGGUCAGGGAGAUGAAUCCCUGGGCCGGGUGGGAGCACUGGUCCAUCCUCCCAAUGCUGCCAUGGGGCAGUGACACCAGUACAACCCUCCCACCAUGGAAGCUGCUGUCAGAAGUGCUGCUUUCCCUGCGCACAGCAGGCCCCGUGUGGUGGUGCAGCUGUAUUUGUUCUGUCUGUCCAUGUGGCUGUGGUCACCACCUGCUCUCCAUGCUUUCCACGUGCUGGGCGUGUACAUGGCACCUAUGGCUGAAGCUGUGCAACGAGCCCUGGGACGCUCAUUCUGGUACUGCCAGCUGUCCAGUGCUCCAGCACGGGACUGGAAGCUGGGGCAGGUUGGGGCUCAGCUGGCCAAAACCCUCUCUGUGCCUGGGAUUUGCAUCCCACCCUGAGCCCCAUGCUGCCCUGGCCAUGCUGUUUGGUGUGAGCAACUAGUUCAGGUGUCUGUGAAGAUGUCCACAGUGUAUCCGUACCCAUGUCCAGCCUUGUAGGCCUUUGUAUAAUUGGUAUUUUAAU